AUGGCAACGGAUUUGGAGACUAGUCUGUCAAAACACCUCUCGCCCCUCUUCCCUCUAACACAUAACCCGCACUUUCAGCCGGGUAUGGCUUGCGCCACAUUCCACACACUUCAUGAUUCACCCUAUCUAACCUUGAGUAGGCUGAUCAACAACAAGGGCAUUAAGCCCCUAACGGACAUUAUACCUGAUGCAGAACCCACCAACAUGCAAAGGUUUAAUUACUCCCAACUCAUACAUUUUCUAUUCACUCACCCAAUGUUAAUGAAAGGGUCAAGGGAUGAAACCCAAUUUGAAAUAAUGUGUCAGACCCGCAAAACAAAAAUUAGACUCCUCUCCACCAUGUACAAAACUCUCCAACGAGACACCUCCACACCUCGCCCCCUAUACAUAACCUCUUGGGAAAAUGACCUACAGUUAAAAAUCACAGACACGGAAUGCACGCAGAUAUUCACUAAUGUGUUCCAUUCAUCCAUAAGCAAUACUUCAUAUGAAAGUAACCAUAAAAGGAUAUCUAGAUGGCACUACACACCUUCACGUAUACAACAUCUCUUCCCCACUACCUCUAAUGACUGUUGGCGCUGUAACCAGCCCAACGGCACAGCAGGACACAUCUGGUGGUCAUGCCCCAUCAUCCAAAAAUACUGGCAAACCAUCCUCGCAAUGAUUGCAACGAUUGUGACCAUUAAUUUGCCAAUGGACCCUAAAGUAACAAUCUUUCUAUUACUCCCCGUGCACCUUCCCAAAUUACAGAAGUGCCUCAUAUCCCAUCUCCUGACGGUGGCAAAUACUCUCAUUCCACUAUAUUGGAAAAAGAGUGACGUUCCUUCAGUAAGAGAGUGGGUCCAAAAAACUGAGUCAAUAAGACUGAUGAACGAAAUAAAUCUCUCCCUCACCAACUUGUAUGCUAGAUACAUUCAAACCUGGGAACCCUGGCUGAAGUUCAUGCAGACACCAUCUCGUACUUAA